GAAUGGCCUUCGGUUCCUCGUUUCCAGACUACUAAUGGGAAGAGGCGGAAAAGUCCAAGCACUGUAAGGUUGCUACUGGGUGUUGUCGACAAAGGUAGACAGCAAAGGCGUUAUGGAUGCCAAGGGUAAUAACGUUAUUGUAUGUGACAAUGGAACCGGGUUUGUUAAGUGUGGUUUUGCCGGAUCGAAUUUCCCAUCUCACAUAUUCCCUUCUAUGGUUGGUCGUCCUAUGAUUCGUUCAACAGCAAAGGUUGGAGAUAUUGAAGUGAAGGAUUUAAUGGUUGGAGAUGAAGCCAGCCAACUUCGGCACAUGCUAGAGGUGAAUUAUCCAAUGGAGAAUGGUAUUGUUAGAAACUGGGAUGACAUGAAGCAUGUUUGGGACUACACCUUUGGAGAAAGUAAAAUGAACAUAAACCCAAAGAACAGUAAAAUACUGCUCACCGAGCCCCCUAUGAAUCCAACCAAAAACAGAGAAAAAAUGAUCGAGGUAAUGUUUGAAAACUACGAGUUUGAUGGCGUGUACAUUGCUAUCCAGGCUGUACUUACUCUCUAUGCCCAAGGUUUACUCACUGGUGUGGUAGUUGAUUCAGGAGACGGAGUUACACACAUUUGCCCCGUUUACGAAGGCUUUGCAUUACCACAUCUUACCCGAAGACUAGAUAUAGCUGGAAGGGAUAUUACGCGAUAUUUAAUAAAGUUGCUACUUCUUCGUGGUUAUGCAUUCAACCAUUCUGCUGACUUUGAAACUGUGCGCAUGAUGAAGGAAAAGCUUUGUUAUGUUGGGUACGAUAUAGAGCAAGAGCAAAAGCUUGCUUUGGAAACUACAGUUUUGGUAGAGCAGUACACGCUUCCAGAUGGCAGAGUUGUUAAACUAAGUGGUGAGAGGUUCGAAGCACCCGAAGCACUGUUUCAGCCUCAUUUGAUAAACGUUGAAGGUGUUGGUGUAGCUGAGCUCCUUUUCAAUACAAUAAACGCUGCUGAUGUCGACACACGUCCAGAUUUCUAUAAGCACAUUGUCCUAUCAGGUGGAACAACUAUGUAUCCAGGAUUGCCUAGUCGGUUGGAAAGGGAAAUUAAACAGCUGUAUUUGGAAAGAGUUCUAAAGGGUGAUACAAGCCGACUUUCAAAAUUUAAAAUAAGAAUAGAAGACCCUCCCAGAAGAAAACACAUGGUAUUUUUGGGUGGUGCCGUGCUAGCAGACAUCAUGAAGGACAAAGAUUCUUUUUGGAUGACAAGACAAGAAUACCAAGAGAAAGGUUUACGAGUUUUAGAGAAGCUUGGGGUAGCACCAAGUUGAUCGGAACAGUUUUAAAUCAUUUUGUUAUGGCUAUUUUUUCUUAACAGGUUUUUGGUAGUCCAUACUAUAUGUUGCAAAAACAAGAUUAUUGUCCAUGAGAACAAAAAUAUGUAAAAUUUAGAUUUUGAUUAUGCUAAAGCAAAUUCAUUCAUAAUCCCCUAACUCAUAAUUUCAUGACAGUAUCUUCUUUUUUUAAAUCGAUGAAUUUGUCAGAUUUCAAAAAGAUGUCUGUCACAGAAAGAUGCUUUGUCAUUUGUUUGAAUGAUAUGCAAUAACUUAAAAGGAAAGAGUUUUUGGCUGUUUCCAGGCAUUUGUGACGUUUCGCCAUUGCAUUUUUUCAAUAUUGAAUUAGUUUUGAAGCUUCUCUUUUUCUGUAGGAUUUUAUAUCAUGUGAAACUUAUUAACA